AUGAAAGCAAGAAUAACGAUGUUGAAGCCUGUUAUGUUGGCAAUUUUAUUACUAAUCUUAUUUCUGAUUACUGGAAAGCUUUUCAAUGCACAUAUGCAACAAGGUGGAAAUAUUGCAGGUAAAGGAUGCAAUGCUGUUUCAAGUGGAGAGGAACUUCUGGAUGAUGUUGUCGUGGCCACUGCUGCUACAGAAAACCAGUUGGGAGGACGGAAAAUGGCGUUGGUAGAUCUCAAGAUGAUAGAGAAGAUGAAGGAAAAUGGUGCAAAUCUUCAAGUGGGUGUGGCUUUGAAUUUAGGAGGUCAGCAAAGUCUUAGAAGUCUCCUAUCUGAAAAAAUGGAUGUGGCUGGUUUAGUUGCUUUCAGUGCUGAUUAUACUGGGGUAAAAUAUCACCCACCUAAAAAUAAUUGA